ACAACUCCCAGCAUCCACUGCGCGGCCCAGGCCUGUCAGGGUAGUAGGCGCUGCGUGAGGCGGGUAAAUGUUCGCGGAAGCGGCAAAGAAGACACGGCCUUGUGAGAUGGCGGAGUUUAAGGAGAAGCCUGAGGCCCCGACUGAGCAGCUGGAUGUCGCGUGCGGCCAGGAAAACUUGCCGGUGGGCGCGUGGCCCCCGGGGGCCGCGCCGGCGCCCUUCCAGUACACUCCCGAUCAUGUAGUUGGACCUGGAGCAGACAUUGAUCCCACUCAAAUAACCUUUCCCGGAUGCAUUUGUGUCAAAACUCCCUGCCUCCCUGGCACUUGCUCCUGUCUCCGCCAUGGAGAGAACUAUGAUGAUAACUCAUGCUUCAGAGAUUUAGGAUCUGGAGAAAAGUAUGCAGAGCCUGUUUUUGAAUGCAAUGUCCUGUGCCGAUGCAGUGACCACUGCAGAAACAGAGUGGUCCAGAAAGGUCUACAGUUCCACUUCCAAGUGUUCAAGACGCAUAAAAAAGGCUGGGGACUUCGUACCUUGGAAUUUAUACCGAAAGGAAGGUUUGUCUGUGAAUAUGCUGGUGAGGUUUUAGGAUUCUCUGAAGUUCAGAGAAGAAUUCACUUACAAACAAAAUCCGACUCCAAUUACAUUAUAGCCAUCAGAGAACAUGUUCAUAAUGGGCAGGUAAUGGAAACAUUUGUUGACCCUACUUAUAUAGGAAAUAUUGGAAGAUUCCUUAAUCAUUCUUGUGAGCCAAACCUUUUGAUGAUUCCUGUCCGAAUUGACUCAAUGGUACCUAAGUUGGCACUUUUUGCAGCCAAAGAUAUUGUGCCAGAAGAAGAACUCUCUUAUGAUUAUUCAGGAAGAUAUCUUAAUCUAACAGGCAGUGAAGACAAAGAAAGGCUAGAUAAUGGGAAACUAAGAAAACCUUGUUACUGUGGUGCCAAAUCAUGUACUGCUUUCCUGCCUUUUGACAGUUCUCUGUACUGCCCCUUAGAAAAGUCGAACAUCAGUUGUGGAAAUGAGAAGGAACCCAGCAUGUGUGGCUCAGCCCCUUCUGUGUUCCCCUCCUGCAAGCGAUUGACCCUUGAGACUAUGAAAAUGAUGUUAGACAAAAAGCAAAUUCGAGCAAUUUUCUUAUUCGAGUUCAAAAUGGGUCGUAAAGCAGCAGAGACAACUCGCAACAUCAACAAUGCAUUUGGCCCAGGAACUGCUAACGAACGUACAGUGCAGUGGUGGUUCAAGAAGUUUUGCAAAGGAGAUGAGAGCCUUGAAGAUGAGGAGCGUAGUGGCCGGCCAUCAGAAGUUGACAAUGACCAGUUGAGAGCAAUCAUUGAAGCUGAUCCCCUUACAACUACACGAGAAGUUGCUGAAGAACUCAAUGUCAACCAUUCUACGGUUGUUCGGCAUUUGAAGCAAAUUGGAAAGGUGAAAAAGCUUGAUAAGUGGGUGCCUCAUGAACUGACUGAAAAUCAAAAAAAUCGUCGUUUUGAAGUGUCAUCUUCUCUUAUUCUACGCAACCACAAUGAACCAUUUCUCGAUCGGAUUGUGACGUGCGAUGAAAAGUGGAUUUUAUAUGACAACCGGCGACGAUCAGCUCAGUGGUUGGAUCAAGAAGAAGCUCCAAAGCACUUCCCAAAGCCAAUCUUGCACCCGAAAAAGGUCAUGAUCACUAUUUGGUGGUCUGCUGCUGGUCUGAUCCACUACAGCUUUCUGAAUCCCGGUGAAACCGUUACAUCUGAGAAAUAUGCUCAGGAAAUUGAUGAGAUGCACCAAAAACUGCAACGCCUGCAGCUGGCAUUGGUCAGCAGAAAGGGCCCAAUUCUUCUCCACGACAAUGCCCGACCGCAUGUUGCACAACCCACACUUCAAAAGUUGAAUGAAUUGGGCUAUGAAGUUUUGCCUCAUCCACCGUAUUCACCUGACCUCUUGCCAACCAACUACCACGUCUUCAAGCAUCUCAACAACUUUUUGCAGGGAAAACGCUUCCACAACCAGCAGGAUGCAGAAAAUGCUUUCCAAGAGUUCAUUGAAUCGCGAAGCACGGAUUUUUAUGCUACAGGAAUAAACCAACUUAUUUCUCGUUGGCAAAAAUGUGUUGAUUGUAAUGGUUCCUAUUUUGAUUAAUAAAAAUGUGUCGAGCCUAGUUAUAAUGAUUUAAAAUUCACGGACCAAAACCGCAGUUAGUUUUGCAUCAACCCAAUAUCUUCAUAGAUUGAAACAGAAAUUAAAAUUGCAUUUGAAGUAGAUUCCACGGACUUAUAUUAAGAAUGUAGAAAGGUGGCCUGGCAUGGUGGCUUACAACUGUAGUCCCAGCACUUUGGGAGGCUCAGGCGGGCAGAUCACUUGAGUCCAAUAGUUCAGGACCAGCCUGGGCAACAUAGUGAGACCCUGACUCUAAUAAAAUAAUUUUUUUAAAAAAGAGUAGAAAUACGUACCUUGAAAAACAUUUUGGCCCAAGAAUAAUAACGAUCACACUUGAAGAACAAAGCUUUUCUUUAAAAAAAAUUUUCUUUAAUUUUCAAAUUACUAUUCACAAAAUAGCAGUGGCUGUUAGAUUUUGUUCUUGGCCAAAUGGAAAAUUUUGCCCUAAUUAAAAUGUAGUCACUCUCCAGUGUGCUACCAUUGAACAAAUCACUGAACCUUUCCAAGUCAAAGUUUCCUUAGUUGGGAAGAUUGAGUUAACACAUGCAAAGGGGUUAGCACAAUGGCUGAGUAUAUAGAAAGUAUUCAAUAAAUGUAAAUUAUUAGUCUUGAGAACUGUCUGUAGCAUGUGACCCAAAGUUCUCCCUUCUAUUCAGGUGUAAUUAGGAUAUAAUGUCCUUCAGUGGCAGACUUAAAGGGGGAAAAAGUCACAAAGAGGUGACCAGAAGGGUUAGAGCUGAGCAAGAGAGGUUCCUGCCCUGAGCCCUGCAUUUUAGAGUGCCUAGGGUUACAUACGUAUGACACACACGAGUUAAAGAAGACAUGGUUACCAUAACCAGACACAUGAGUUAAAGAAGACAUGGAUACCAUAACCAGACAAAGACAUUACUAGGAAAGAAAACUAAUACCAAUAUCCCUUUUGAAUAUAGAGGCAAAAAAAAAGUACUAGCAAAUGAAAUCCAGCAAGAUGUAAAAAGAAUUAUACACUGUGAUCAAGUGGGAUUUAUCCCAGGAAAGCAAGUUUGGUUUAACAUACGAAAAUCAGUAAAUCCAGUAUAUUAAUGGGAUAAUUCACAAAAAAUAAAUACAUAAUCGUUUCCAUAGACACAAAGCAUUUGACAAACUCCAGUAGCCUUUCAUGAUAAAAGCAGUGAACAGACUAGAAGUAAACAGGAACUUCUUCAACCUGAGAAAGGAUAUCUAUGAAGACCCACAGCUAACAUCAUACAUAAUGAUGAAAGACUGCAAGCUCUUAUCCUAAGAUAUGGAACAAGAAAAUGAUCUCCAAGCUCACCACUUCUAUUCAGCAUUGUACUGGAGGUUCUAGGCAGGACAAUUAGGCAGGUAAGAACUUAAAACUCAGGGCUGGGUUCAGUGGCUCAUGCCUGUAAUCCCAGCACUUUGGGAGCCAAAGCAGAUAGAUCACCUGAGGUCAGGAGUUCAAGACAAGCCUGGCCAAUAUGGCAAAACCCUGUCUAUACUAAAACUACAAAAAUAAGCUGGGCAUAGUGGCACACACCUGUAAUCCCAGCUACUCCUGAGGCUGGGGCAGGAGAAUCAUUUGAACCUGGGAGGCGGAGGUUACAGUGAGCUGAGAUCACACCACUGCACUCCAGUCCAGGUGACAGAGUGAGACUGCCUCUCAAAAAACAAACAAACAAAAAAGCCUUAAAAAUAAUAAGACAAA